CGGAACGCCAAGCAAGUUGUUCGAGGAGGGUUAGCAUCCCGUUCGACGACCGUUGGUUAAAAUUAGUUAUAAACAAGUGAAUUCGGUUUUAUUUUUCUUAAUAACUGUUUAAUACGGUUAAAAGGAUUUAAAUGAAGAGUGCGUGAAUCGACGAAAAGGACUUCAAACAUGAAUCGGAGCUGGAUGUGCAGAGAACAGCAGCGGUUGACGGCCCAGCGACAGACCCAGGAGAUGCGCAGACAAGAAGGCGCCAUGCGCGUGGAGAAGGAGCGGCAGCUGCUGGCGGGUCUCCGGGAGGAGGAGAGCGCGGAGAGGAGGAGACAUCAGCGGCAGGUGCAGCAGGAGCUCCAGGAGAGGCAGACGGAGGUCUUUCUACAAAAGGCAGAGGAGGAGAGAAUAAACAGAGAAAAGCAGCUUGAACAAGAGGAGAGAAUGGCCAAGGAGCUGGCCCGCAUCAACUAUGAGAAGCAAAAAGACGAGAAACUCCGGCAGUAUAUCAGAGCCAACAGCUUGGAGCUUCGAGAACUGGAAUCCAAACUGAAGGCUGCGUAUCUGAACAAGGACAGAGCAGCCCAGAUUGCCGAGAAGGACGUUUUAAUGUUGGAGACCCAGCGUGAAGAGGCGAACUUUGCUCAAAAGAUGAAGAGUGAAAAUGAGCGGGCGGCCGCGGAGCAGCAGAGGCUGGAGCAGAAGCAUCGCGAGGAGCUGCUGGAGCAUCAGAGACAGCUGGAGCAGCAGCUCAUGGACAGGGAGCUCAGGAGACAGGAGGCCUACGAGGAGUUCCUCAGAGAGAAGCUACUGGUGGACGAGAUCAUCAGGAAGAUUUAUGAAGAGGAACAGACGGAGAGAGAGCUGAAGCUGGAAAAGGCCAGAGCCACUCAGCAGCACAUCGAAGAGUUUAAAAGGCAGCAGGCAGAGUGGAGGCGCAUGGAGCAGGAGAAGGUGGAGGCAGAGAACAGAAGGAUCAUGGAGUUCACAGAGCAACAGCAGCACAUGGAGGAGACCAGAAUGAAGAAGAUUAGAGAGAGGGAAGAAGUCAAGGAACAUCUUCAUAAAAUGCUGUGUGAAAAGAUGGAAGAGGAGCGGCAGCAGCGUGAAGAGAUGGAGCGGAUCCGAGAGGAGCUGUCUUUGGAGGAGGAGGAGGAGGCCAACAGGCAGAGAGAAAUUGAGGAGAUGGAAAAGCAAAUCCGACAAAGACUGAUGCUGCAGCAGACCUUCCAGGAGCAAAUGGCUUUUAAAGAGAAGCGGAGGCAGGAGGAGAGGGAGGAAGAGGAGGCCUUCAGGCAAAAGAUGAUGGACAAGUUUGCAGAGGAUGAUCGGAUUGAGCAGAUGAACGCCCAAAGACGUCGGAUGAAGCAGCUGGAACACAGACGUGAGGUGGAGAAACUGAUAGAGGACAGAAGACGGCAGCGCGAGGCUCAGAGGGACCUGGAAGCUAAAGAAAGAGCGGUUCAGCAGAAGAGCGAGGCGCUGCGUCGGCAGAUAAUCGAAGAAGAGAGGCAGAAACUUCUGAAGAGUCACGCAACCAAACUCUUCGGAUACUUUCCAAAGGGCUUGCUUCGUGAAGGCGACCUGCAACACUUUGAUGAUGAUUUCAGAAAACAUUUUCAGCCACGCCCGGCUGAUGUCUCCUCAGAUGAAGAUGAUUAAACGUUCCUCCUCCAGUCCGCCACCAGAGGGCAGUUUAAGGUUAAGAACAAGAGAAGGCGCACGAGUCUGAGUUCAUGACGCUCCCCAGUCAAGAGCCUUCAUGAACUCUUCUUCUGUGAAGGACAGC